CCUGAGACCCGUCGACAACUCUCGAACCCGCAAGACCUGUCAUCGUCUUCGAGUCCUGGAAUCGAUUCGAGACCGCACCUUGAUUCAACUUUUUUUUUUUUUUUUUCAACGCUUUCGUUAUACCCCCCCCCCCUCUCGACAACCAUUAUGAAGUACUCUGUAACUGUUCUGGCCGCCGUGGCCUUUGGCUUCAGCUCAGCCCAGACUGCCACCACUACGUCAGGAUACCAGAAGCCCAGUGAGGCCGCGAGGCCAGGCGCCAUCACCAACCACGGAUGCUACAACGCGUCAUCAACGACAUGGGAGAAGUACCCCGUCGAGAACAUCAGUACCGGAUCAUGCACAUUGGAAUGCCAAACGAAGCAGAAGAAGAAUGUCGCUGCUAUCAACGGCGAGGACUGCUACUGCGGUGACUCGUACCCGCCAAAGGUCGACGUCGUCGACGACAAGAAGUGCAACUUCCCUUGCCCAUUCUACCCGGAAGAAGCUUGCGGUGGUGUCGAUGACAUGAUGUACUACUCCGUCUUCAAUACGGGUCUCAAGCUCGUGGUCCCCGACGAAGAUGUCGCAACCACCACGACCGCCGCAGCCACCACCAAGGCGGCCGCGACAACAACCGCCGCCAACGGCGUCGUCUCAACCGUCAUCGAGACGCCCGCCGCGUCAACGUCGGCCGCGGCAACCGAGACGCCCAAGAAGAGCACCAACGUCGCCGGCAUCGCCGCGGGCGUCGUCGUCGGUGUCGUCGUCAUCGCCGCCAUCGCCGGUGCCGCCUUCUUCUUCGUCCGCAGGAAGCGCAACGCCGAGAUCGAGGAGGAGCACCGCCGCAACGCCGCCGUCAACGCCUUCAUUGGCGGCUCCAAGCCGCCCAGCAGCAGCGGCGUCUCCAUGUCCGACUCCCGCAUGGAUCCUACCCUGGCGCACCGACGUAUGAGCGAUGGCAGCAUUGCCGACAACCAAGAUUAUUCGCGGAAGAUUCUCCGAGUUACCAACGCAUGAGCACCUCACGUCAUGACGACAAACGACCUAAAAAAAGCCUGUCCUGGGGCUUUGAAUUACUUCUUUCUACACAAUUCUGGCAUCAAAGGCGUUUUGUGGUGUUCAAUC